AUGUAAUAAGAUUAAAGUUCAGAAUAAUUCUCUUUCAUUUAGAUAUAACCCGAAAAUUAACAAACAACAACAAAUAUCCUUUAAUAGAGUGCUAUGUAAACUUUAAGUAUUUUUUGAUAGUUUUGGAGAAGAGAGCGAUUAGCCUACUAUUAUUUCUGAAUAAGUUAUGGGAUUUAAUCCAAUAACACCAAAAUAACAUUUAACUUAAUAACUUGAAUCAUUUGGCAGCAUAUUAGCUAGAUAUUUAGCUUUAUAAUUAAUUGGUAUACAGAAUUCAUUAUAACAAUCUGUUGAAUAUUUACAAAAUAAUGUUUAAGACAUGAAAAUGACUAUCUAUAAUGCUUAUGUAAUGUUUUCAAACAAAAAUCAACAAUAAGAGUUUGAAUUGGCUAGAUUAGAAUAAUGUAAUUAAAUAUAAGCAAUAAUUGAUUUAAUUGAAGAUUAACAUUGCAAAUAAAUUUUAUUUAAACUAUUAGGCAAUAUAGAGGAAGUGAGAUUUGCAAAUUAAUAUAAAUUAACAAUUGCAUCACCAGAACUACUUGAAACAUAAACAAUUUAUUUUUAAGUCAUUUAAAAGGAUUCAACCAUGAAAACAUUUAUGGAUUUAGUCAAAAAAGACUCUAUUAUUAUUGCUUAAUAACUUUUUCCACAUAUUGUAGUACUUAGUGCUGCUUUUAAAGAAAUACUUAAAUUAGAUAUAAUUCAUUAAACUUAAUAGAAUGCUUUUAGUCAAUAAAAAUUUGUAAAUCAUAUUCAAUAAUUAAGUAAAAAUUUAGAGAUAUCAUCAUAUUGUUUAUAGAUUUCAACAAUAUACCCUUAGAUGAAAGAACAUUUUCUAGAAAUUGAAGAAAUAAGAAAUAAAUAAAGAGAUUAAUUUGAAUAUGAACUAUUAGAGGAAGAUAAAGAAAUUUUGUAAUUGUUUUGUGAUAGGUAAAGCACACAUGUGUAAUAAUUAUCAUAAGAAUAAUAAUUUCCAGAUCAUAUAUGUGAUUUGAUAUAAUUAACUUGCUUUUUAAUUACAGAUAAAUCAGAAUCAAAAGAAAAUAAUUUGAAAAAAAAAAUAUAAAAUUAGAUCUAAACUAUUCUUUAAAAGGAAAAUUUUAAAUAAAAUUCAUUUAUUUUUGAUCUUAUAGCUGAUACUAUUCAUUCGAGCUAAUUAAAAUUAUUAUUUUAUGGCUAUGUGGAAUGUACUUUAGAUUUAAAAUUUGUUAAAUUUUAUAAGUACCUAAAGACAGAUCUAAUAACUUUGAAUUAAUUAUCAAAAAGGUCAUGCAAUAAUUUUAAUUAAGAACAAUUGCAAUAGUUAAAAGAUAAGGCAUGUAUAACCAAAAGAUAAAAUCUACAAUAUUAAGAUUUUUCUUAAAUUAUAAAUAAGGCUGGGGAAUUGGAAAUACUUAUUAUGGCUGAAUAACAGGAAGCUAUUGUGGAUGAAAUAAAUGAAUUUGAAAAUAUGAUAUAUGAGAGUUUAGAAAUCAAUGAAUUAAUUAUUAAUAAAGAACCAUAAGCAUUAUAUAUUAGAAUGAAGAAAUUAAAAUUUCUAAUGGAAUUAUUACUUAGAUAUUAUAAAGUAUCAAGUUAAACUUUGUAAAAAUUGUUCCUAUAUUAUGAAUAAAUCUAUGAGAACAAGUAGUAAUCAGCAAUUUUCUAAAAGUAAAAAGUGGUUGUUUCUAAGGAAUAAUAUAGUUCUGUAUAAAAUUAAAAGAGAACUUAGAAUUGGAUGGAAAUAUAGAAUCAAAUAUUGAAUGCUGAUAAUUUAGGGACAGAGAAAAAUUACUAUAGACCAAGUAUUUAUAGGAUAUUUAAAGAGUUAAUAAAUUAAUAAGCAAAUUAAACAUGUUUAUAGAAGAUUUUGAUAAAAUUUUAAUAGAAAUAUUAGAAUAGUUAUGCAAAUUAGAUAUAGAGUGAUUUUGUAAAUUUAUUGAAGGAGAUUAAAUCAUAUUAAAAGGAUAAGUAAGUUGAAUUUGAGAAAAACUUUCGUAAAUAUUACAAGAAAGAGUUUAAAAAUUAAUUGAUAGAGUUACCUAAUAAUUAAUUUGAGAGCGUUGCAUUUGCAUUGAAAUUGAUUUAAGAAAUAGAUAAUAGAUAGAAUGAUUGA